UGAAAACAUAGUGCAUUGAAUCUCUGUAGACUCACAGCGCGGUCUUUACAAGUGUACUGUUGUUUUUGGUCAAAUGUCUCCAGUGGGCCGUUUUGUGGAGUUUUCUAGUCUAAACACACUAAAGAGAGGUGUAUUAAACGUCGCAAGCGCCUGUAAGGCAGUGCAACAGAAAGAUAUUGUCAUUAAUCCCAGCAUAGAUGGCAUACAGCUUGUUAAUGUACCAUCUCUUGGUCUUGGAUUUACGCGACUGGCUCUUGUCAUAAAAUCUGGUCCCAGGUAUGAGUCUUCCGAAAAUCGCGGCAUAAGUCACCUUCUUCGACGAUCCUUUGGAAUAUCUACUUCUGAGUAUACUAGUGUAAAUUUAACAAGACAUUUUCAACAAAUGGGUGCCCGUGUACAAUGUAAAACAACUCGUGAGCAUACUAUCUAUACAGUGGAUGUUGCGCCUAACUUUGCUACCCGAGCUGGUCAUCUUCUAUGCAAUAUGGCAUCAUCUCCGUGUUAUUAUGGCUGGGAAUUGAAAGAUACUGUCUAUCAUUUAAUGCGUAAAGAUGUUGAUAUUUUGAAUAGACGAAAUUUAAGUGGAUUGGCUUUUGAGUUAUUACACGAAGCAGCUUUUGGUACAAGUGAUUCAGGCUGUGGUUUAGGCAAUUCAUUGAUAGCACCGAUUGAUCGUGUUGGAUCACACUCGUUUGAUCAAAUCGACGCAUAUCAUAAAAGUCGAUUUAGUGCAGAAAAAUGUGUUCUAGGCAUUGUACACGCAAACCCUGAUCGAGAUGGUAUGGAUAUAAUAAAGACAGUGAAAAAUUCUAUUUAUCUUAAUCCUCCAAAAACAGAAAGUAAAUCAGAAAGUCAUGGAUUUAUUGGAGGCGAAAUACGUCGAGAUUUGAGCGCUGCGUCUACUGUUUACGCGUAUUUAGCAUGGCCUGCUAAAGGAUCUUGUCCAGUAUAUGACUUGAUUGUUUCUGCAUUGAAUGGUUCAUCAAAUCGAAUAGAGCAUGGUGGGAAUGCCUCCAAAUCUCUAUUGGCUAGUACAGUUGCUGAAGGUGACAGUGAAACUGAAGCUGUGGCUUUUCAUAAAUUAUACAGUGAUCAUGGUCUUUUUGGAGUGGCUGUAGCUGGAGCUUGCCCUAAAACAGUCGGGGCCAGAGUAAAACGUAUCAUUGAAGCACUGCGUUCUGCAAAUUUCACUGAGGAGAAUCUUAAGCAAGCUAAACGAAUUUAUAGAGCUGAUCUGAUGUUUAGAUAUGAAAAUCCAUUGCAUACACUUAUUGAUAUUUCGACAAAUCUACUUUCAUCAGUUGAUAAAUGUAAAAAACCAACAGAAUUAGUCCCUGAAAUUGAUCAAGUCAAUUUGAACACUUUGAAUGAUGCUUUAAAGAAGACUGUAAAGGAUAAUCAAGUCGCCUUCUCAUUGGUUGGUCCCAAUCUCGGUUCUAUUGCACCGAUUCAAGUAUUGCUGAAGGCGUAAUCAUCGUCGUCACCAUGUAAACAGUCUUUUUUUUCCUUUUCCACAUUAUAUUCUCUUCUCUUUCCACUGUUUUUCUACGCGCGUGUGUGUGCACACACACACACCAACAGAGACUAUCUACUGCAGAGAAGUGUAGUUAGUGUUGUUAUUUUGAGACAGAAAGGGAGAGAAAGAGAGAGACAGUGUUUGUAUGAUUAGAGAUUACUUUACUUCACCUAUUCCGCUUCUUUCUUUUACUUAGUUUCAUUCAAUCUAGUGGUAGUAUAUUAAAUGAAGUUUAUUCACCCCACCCCCUCCUCGCCUCUAGUGGUGGUGUGGUAGCCAACAAGUUUGUGAAAUGAAAUGGUGUUCGUUUGUUUGCCCUUUUUCUAAUGAGAAAAAUUAAUAAAUGCUUAGGACUUUU